AUGGCCGCGCGACCAGGAGAAGAGAAUGUGGCGACCCUAUUUGGGGACGUUCACUAUUUCUACUCAGGACCCGAGGUGAAGCCCAGGCAUCAUCGAUUUGACAAGGGCUCGUACGUCUACCUGUUUGAGAAUGCAAACGAGAGAAGGUGUCGCAUCGAAAUCGCCAAUCACGCAGGCACCCCGGACCAAGAUGCUUUUGAUGGGUUCCUGGACCAAGCCCACGUGCGGUAUUCGUACAAACAGCAUUGCAUGGUCGCUCUCACCGUUGCCGAAUCAGUGAACCAGAACGAGUGGCAUCUACCAACAUUUGACCCCCGAAAUGAGAACAAAUACCACUACAAGCUCCAGGCGCUCGAUAUCUACUUCUGGACACAAAAGGAUGCUCUGCAAUUCAUCAAUGGUGUCAGGCGAGUUCUCCCUCCUGCGCAGGUCGAGAUACUGGAUGAACCAGCACCGCCUCCGCAGCCAGCUGCGAUGAGCCAGGUCGUGCAGAAGCUUGAGAACGCUGCCAUAUCGGAAUCACAGAGCACGGCGCCGAACCCACCGUCACAGUCGUCGUCAACGGCCCCGGCGGCGGGAGCAUCUGGGCUCCCACCUCCCCCCCCUCCUCCACCACCGCAACAACAACCGGCAUCGUUUGUGCCCAUGGCCUACAACCCAGCCGCGCCGGCAGCUCCAGAGUCGUUCCAGCAUCGGGAGAAGACCCCUCCGCCAGAUGAAGACCCGCUGAACCCUCUGGCCGUUGCAGUAGCAUACGACUAUCAGAAACAGCCCUUCACUCCGGGAUUCCCUCCGCAGGCGCCAAUUCCUCCGCCAAUUGCCAGUCCAGGCUUUGCUCGGCCAAUUGGUGCCGCCCAAGGCCUGCCACCACAACCUGGAACACCAGGGCUUCCACACCCAGGGCUCCAACGUUCGGCGACCAUGCCGGUGGGAACCCAGCAGCCAGCUCAGCAGCCGUAUCAACCACAACAAGCUCAGGUGCAACAGCAGGCAAGUCCUCCGGUCUCUAGCCCGGGUCUGCCACCACCGCCUCCCGGAGGAUUCUCGUCAUACUCGUACAGCCAUCCGACUCAGGGCGCUCCUGGCCAGACGGACUACUCGAUCCACCAGCAACUGUACCGGCCAACGGAACAGGAGGCCAUCGUCGGAGCUGGAUAUGAACCCAAGGACCCCAAGAGCAAAAUGGGGGAGAACGCGGCCAGGUUUGAGAGGGGCGUCUCAGGUAUGUUGAAGAAGUUUGAGAAGAAGUUUGCUUGA